AUGGCCUCCCUCCUCGAAUCUGGCUGGCAGUACUUAAUCACACAUUUCAGUGACUUCCAACUCGCGUGUUUGGGAAGUUUCUUUCUACAUGAGGGCGUUUUCUUCUUAUCUGGACUUCCCUUUAUAUGGCUUGAGAGGGCAGGGUGGAUGAGCAAGUACAAAAUUCAGGCAAAAAAUAAUAGCCCUGCAGCUCAGGAGAAAUGCAUUGUUCGCCUGUUGCUUUACCAUUUUGGUGUCAAUCUACCUGUUAUGAUUUUUUCAUAUCCUGUCUUCACAUACAUGGGCAUGCGGAGUAGUCUUCCCCUACCGUCCUGGAAAAUAGUUCUAACUCAAAUAAUCUUUUACUUCAUUUUGGAGGACUUUAUAUUCUACUGGGGACAUAGAAUAUUGCACACAAAAUGGCUAUACAAGCAUGUGCACAGUGUUCAUCAUGAGUAUGCUACACCAUUUGGACUUACUUCUGAAUAUGCUCAUCCUGCUGAGAUACUUUUCCUUGGCUUUGCUACCAUUUUUGGUCCUGCCAUCACUGGGCCCCACUUGAUAACUCUCUGGUUAUGGAUGGUUCUGAGAGUCCUAGAGACAGUUGAGGCUCAUUGUGGUUACCAUUUUCCAUGGAGUCUUUCGAACUUCCUUCCAUUGUAUGGAGGAGCUGAUUUCCACGACUACCAUCACCGUUUACUGUACACCAAGUCUGGUAAUUAUUCAUCAACUUUCACUUACAUGGACCGGAUAUUUGGAACUGAUAUAGGCUACAGAAAGUUGAAAGCGUUGAAGAGCACAGAAAUUGAAGACAGUAGCGAGCUAAAGAACAACUAG